AUGGCUUUAGUGUCAUUAUCCAAUACUUUAAUGAAUGGUGGUUGUACUACCGGUAGCAGCAAUUCUUCAAUGCUACAGGAAGGAGAUGGUGUUCGCAAAUCUGGCCCAAUUAUUUUAUUAGUUGGAGGAAAAAAGCGUGGUCAAAUUGCUUACGCCGUUCUAUCAGAAAGAGCAUUAGAAUUGUUUAAUUCUGAGAAAUCCUAUAGAAAAAAGAAAGUUGCUAAAGCUAUUGUUGAUUUAAGUAAAUGUUUUAAUGUUUCUCAACAGAAUUGCCCAAAGUCUAGAUCAUCUAGUGUUUGUUUAAUGAUGCCUGAUGAAUGUUUUUUAUUUCAAGGAGCUGAAAGCUCUAAUGAUACAAUUGAAUGGUACAGAGUUUUGUUGUCGGCAGUUAUUUCUGCUAGAGCAUUAAAUUUAGGAAGGCCUGUCUUUGCCAAUGAAUUUUUUGAAUGUGUUUGGGAUGUUGUUAUCUUUUCUCAACAACCAAAAUUAAAACGAUCAUCACAAGCCCCAACAAACCCCGAAUUUGUUAAUUGUCCAAAUAUUUGUGCUAAAUUACGUGAUGAAAUGUUUUUGGCGGGAAGGGGAAGACUUUGUUUUUAUCCUCAUACAAUUAUUAUUUGUAAAACUGGAAUAGAACCAGCACAUUCUGGACUUCCAAAAGCAGGAAUUCCUCCUUUCCGGACAACCGAUUUUGUUGAAAUUUCAAGGCAUUUUAUUGCACAAUUUGGAUGUGUAGAACGUUAUUUUCUUUUACGAAUUGGGAGAAGUUCACCUAUGGGAUCUUGUGAAGUUUGGGUUCAAUGCGAAUCUGAUGAUCAUGCUGCUGAGAUUAACCGUAAAUUACAAGAAAUAAUUCAGCGUGAAACAGAAAAGAAACAACAAGCUUUACAAGCAAUCCGUGGCCAACAACAAUUAAAUGCCUCACCACUUCCUAGUUCAUCCUCCCCUUCUAAUCCUUCUACUUCUAAUCAGUAUUGUAUGUAUUCCUUUGCUUCUUCAACAACUGAUUCUGAAAUAACUAAAGAACCAUUAGAAAUUGCUGAACAACAACAACAACCUAUUUUGGAGACAAUAAGUGAAGAUGAACAACAACAACAAAAUGUUACACCUUCGUCUUCAAAUAAUUCUGUUGAUGGAGGACGUAAACGAAGAGAACAUUCUUCAUUAAGUCAAGCUGCGAGAGAGAAAAGAAUUGAACUUAGAGAAUGUAAAGCUAAAGUAGAUUCUUUAGAAAAGGAAGAACUUGAAGAGAAAUUAAGACGAAAACAACAACAAGCAGAAUGGGAAGUUGCUCAACAAAGACUUUUACUUCCUCAUUAUUACCAACAAAAUUUAAAUGAAAAUUCUCCUCAAUCACUUUUAAGACCAAAUUGUUUGUUGGGACCUUCACAAAACAAAAGGCGCGGUUCUGCACAAAUGACAGCUGAACUUUGUGCACGCAGCAAGUCCCUAAGUUUGGAAGAGCAACAAGCUUUGAAUUUUCGCUCAUUUGGUGGUCAAGUUGGUGGUCGCUUUUGGACCAUGGAUAAAGCGGACUCACUUCUUUUGUUGGGUGCCGGUUAUGGACCCUCAAUGGACCCCGAGGAAACUGAGGAUAGUGGAGGUACUCUUAGAAUGGUUCCCUGCGGUGAUGAAAACAAUACUGGCGGAGGGGGUGAUGGAAGCAGUGCUGCACCUUCUCGUUCUUCCAGCUCUUUAAAUAUGGGGCCUCCAACAUCAUCACAAACAAAGAAUUCUACGCCUGAAGAUGUUUUAUCAACAAUUAAGAGAAAAAGAAGUACAAAUUCAGCUGGACAUUUGAUUGAAGCUUAUGUUGAAUGUCAUGCUACUGUUUGUGAUGAUGAUGAGGAAGCUUUAGUAAUACCCCCAGAUGAAGUAAGUGAUGGUGGAGAAAGUAGUGGGACGGGUGUUGAUGCUUGUUCUUCUGCUGAUGAUGAGGCUGCUUUAAGUGCUAGAAGACAACAAAAACAGCAAAAAAGAAGACAAUCAAGAAAAUUAAUUUUAGAAAUGAAAACGUCUGUUGGUGAUAAUGUUAAUAAUUCAUUAGAAUUAGAUGGAGGGACUGAAGCAGACCAAAGUUGUUCUUGUUCCUCUUCUGUUGCUAGUAGUAGUGCUGGGGGUGGGGGUGGUGAACGCCAAAGGGAUGAUGAAUUAAUAGCUGCUGCAGGAAGGCAUUCUCCUUUAGUUUCUACAAACGUUUCUAAACAUCAAAGACGGCAAUCUAAUGAACAUAAGAAACAGCAACAUUUAUCUAAAUUAAAUUCCAACAACAAUUAUUGUAAUAAUACCAACAAUUCUUCAACAGAAUAUACUUUAAUGGAUAGAGUUAGCUGUUCUUCUGAUUCCUUCUCUCAUUUAGCUGUUCCACAGCCAUGGGAUCGUCACAAUAAUUGUUUUUGUCCAGAAGAUAUAUGUUCAUAUACUAGUGAUAGUGGUGAUAGUUGUUAUUCAUCAAUGGCAAAUGGACAAUUAAAUCCCCGUGCAUUUUCAUUUUCUUCUUCAACUUCUGAUGCCAGAAAUCAUCUUUUACUCCAUAAUCACCAACAUCAUCAAUUGGGAAGUAAUGGAAGACUUUUAAAUACGGGAAUUAUUCCAUCUCAUCAUUGUCAUCAACAACCCCAACAACACCCCGCAGCUGCUAAAUGGACUGCUGCUGUAAUGGGAGGCAGAAAUGUAUUUCCCUUUAACAACCAACAACAACAACCACCCCCUCCUCCUUCACCUCGUUCUCAUUGUGCACCUUCAAAGGCUUCUGGAAUUUCUCAAAAUCAACAAGAAUAUUCUUCUUCGUCUUCUCGUUUUUCUAUGGAAACCUCUUUAAUUACUCCUUUGGAGGAAGAGGAACAACAAAGACAAGUUAAAUUUGCUGAUGAUGAACAAUUAAAUAAUAAUGAUUCUUCUAAUAUCCUUACUACCUCUUCCUCUUUAAUACAAAAUCGUGGAGAUUGCUCUAUUGGAGACGAUUCACUAAGGAAGCGAGCAUUUUCACUUGGAUCUAAAUCCUGGCUAACAAGUAUAAACGACAAUGGAAAUCGUUUAUCCCUGUCCUCUCAUCGAUUAUGUUCUAUUUCUUCUUGUUCAACUUCAGCUCCUUCUCCUCCAAUAAAUGUUAAUUGUAAAAAUGAGGAAAAUCAACAAAAACAAUCCCAACAACAACAACUCCCCUUAACUAGUCCAGUUUCUAAUCAACAAGCUAGAUCUGAUAGUAUUGGUUCUAGCCAUUCAAUAACCCGUUCAUUACCUGGCGGUAGUGGAAGUAUUGGUGCAAAUAGUGUUGGGAAUAAACAACAAAGAACACGAAAGAAACAAUCACCUUCCGACGAACAUUUAAACAACGUUAAUAGUUUAGAUGAAGAUCUUGUUGAGUUAGAUUUUGCCCAAAACUCAAUGAUUUGCACUACUCCAUCUUCCGCAUCAACUUCAACUGUUGGAGUACCUCCAUCUUUCUUUGCCAGAACAAAUAGUUGUGAUGAUUAUACAUGUACUGAUAUCUAUUCUGUUCCUUCUCACUACCAACACCAUAAUAAUUCUCAACAGACUCAAUGUCGUUGUGGAUAUACAGGAGGUAGUCACAGUGCUCUGUCUUCUAAUUGUGUUGGAGCCUCUUCAGGAGGAAAUGCUUCCUUAACUAGGGGAAGUGCUGGAGCUUUAAAUUUCCAUCCUCAACAGUGUAUUCGCCCCUCUGAAUCAUUUAUUCGUUCAAUUCGCCAACAACAACGAGAACUUCAACGUACUAGACAACAGCAACAACAACAACGUAUAAGAAUAAAGAAUUCUGCUUUUCCUUUACAAGAAGUUCAAUGUUUUAUUGCCCCAUCUGAGAAAGAAAAAAUUGAUGCAAUGACUGCAAGAGAUACCCUUUCACUUCGUUCUCAACGUAGUGGAAGUGGAAGUUGUUCUCAACAUUUUGAAACAAUUAAUGAAUGUGUUGGAAUACAAAAUGAUGGAAUUACUUUUAGAAAUUCAUCAUCUCGUGGAAGUGCUUCAUCUGCUGUAGAAACACAACCGCCAAGUAUUGGUGAUGAUGAAGAAAUAAUUGAAGAAGCAGAAAAUACUGCAACAUAG